UGGGUAAUGAUUUGUCAUUUUGAGGGCUACGUCUCUUUUUGCAGUGGAGACCUUGGCCGUGAUUGACACUGGGGCUGUUUUGGCCUGAUCCACCGUAUUUGACAGGUAAUAAUGAAGCUUUGUGAAACCAUAAUGGAUAUGGAUAUGCCAGACUACGCUGAGUCGCUGGACUCUUCCUACACCAUGUUGGAGUUUGACAGCCUGAGAGUGCUUCCCACCAACUCCGGACUGAGAGAGUCCGUGCUGUGCCCCCCGGAGACCAUCGCCUCAGAAUCCACCAGUGCCAGCCUGCUGAACAAUGGCAUCAACUCCCUGUGCGCUAUCUGUGGUGACCGAGCAACCGGGAAACACUACGGGGCCUCCAGCUGUGAUGGCUGCAAAGGAUUCUUCAGGAGGAGCGUCCGCAAGAACCACGUCUACUCGUGCAGAUUUAACAGGCAGUGCGUGAUAGACAAAGACAAGAGAAAUCAAUGCCGAUACUGUCGCCUGAGAAAGUGCUUCCGAGCAGGAAUGAAGAAGGAAGCUGUGCAGAAUGAGCGGGACAGAAUCAGCAUUCGCAGGAGCAGCUAUGAGGACAGCGGAUCCUUGUCAAUCAGCGUGCUGACCCAGGCAGAGGCAAUGGCCACCCAGUAUUCGUCAUUAAGCCCAACACACAGUGCUGACAUGGCUAUGAAGAAGAUUGCCACCAUCAGUGACGUGUGCGAGUCCAUGAAACAGCAGCUUCUGGUCCUGGUUGAGUGGGCAAAAUACAUCCCAGUGUUUUGUGAACUUCCGCUGGAUGAUCAGGUAGCCCUACUAAGAGCUCAUGCUGGGGAGCACCUGCUUCUUGGAGUUGCGAAGCGAUCGAUUCCCUACACGGAUUUUCUACUCUUAGGAAACGACUUCAUCAUUCCCAUGCACUGCCCGGAACUGGAGAUUGCUCGUGUCGCUACCAGAAUACUGGAUGAGUUGGUCAAGCCCUUGAGGGAAAUCCAGAUUGAUGAGAAUGAGUACGCUUGUCUGAAAGCCAUAAUAUUCUUUGAUCCAGACUGCAAAGGACUGAGUGAUCCCGGCAAGGUGAAAAAUAUGCGUUUCCAAGUCCAGGUGAACCUGGAGGAUUACAUCAACGACCGGCAGUAUGAUUCCCGAGGGCGAUUCAGCGACAUCCUACUCCUCCUCCCGCCUCUGCAGAGUAUCACCUGGCAGAUGAUAGAACAGAUCCAGUUUGUCAAGCUCUUUGGAGUGGCGCGGAUUGACAGCCUGCUGCAGGAGAUGCUUUUGGGAGGCAACAUCAUGGAUAUGCCACAGUACCAUCCUGGGCCACCCAACCUCAACCUGGAGCCACUCACAGGACACAUGCUUCCCAACACCCUCAAUUCUGUGAUCCAUUCGGUUCCCGUUCCAAUCAACAGAUGCUCUUCUUUCUCUGAGAGUCACGUAUCUCCAGACACACCCCUUUCUUCUCCUUCUACCAGCCCCGGAAGCGAAGAUUACAAGCUGGGGCCAGCCACGGUACCUGAGGCCCCACUUCAGAUGCUGCCUCAGGCCAUUGUUCCCAAACAGGAGAUUUUAUAAGGCACGAGCGAAGGACACAAGCCACCCAGAGAGCCGACCGUGAGACUUUCCCAUUCCUUUUGCAGUGAUGCGUUAAUGGCCCCUGCCCUUAUCUGCCCCAAAUCUGGGGGAAAUGAGCCUGGAAGACUGGAAAUUUCACUGAUGCUAUCUUCAGCUUUCUUGUACUGGGUUUCCAGCAGGCUUGGGAUCACUUCAUUGACUCUCUAGUGCAUCCAUUGGUCUUGAGAGCACAAAAUGGCUAACUUUUAGAGAAGUUUUAGAAGAGUAAAGUGCUUUCCAUAGCUCUCACCUAUUGCUACACGAUCACCACAACGACCCUCGAAAUGGCAGUGUCAAAAAAACCUCAGGUACUUCUAUCAAAGGACACUCCCAUUGCCUGUUCUAGUAGGGUCUAUUUGUAGGAACGACCUGCCUGAAACCAAAGGCUCAACUCUCCUCCAUAGCGUCUUGCGUCUGGAUCAAAGCUCCCCUGCCACACAAACACACUGCGUAUUGCACCAGACUUAGUAUGAUUUAUGAAUGUCCAAACUUAUUGAAUGAUGAUUCAGAGGAACCAUACUUAAAUUUUGAUAAAUAUAUGAUUUGGAAUGGCAGUGUCUUCAAAGGUUUGAACUUUUUGCUUUGCUGUUUUUUUAAAAAAGUAAAUUCUUCCUUUGGUCUUCAGUCAAUAUGCAUGGAAGUGGGGGUAGGGGAAAAGAGUUAGUACCAAAGGACUGCUAUUCUGUUCAACACUUUUUUUGGAAAGAAAAUGACAUUAGAUCUAUAUGGUGUUUCUGUACUUUUUCAGGUGCUUCUUCAAUCUAUUUAAUCCAAGGAAACACAUACAUACAUAUAUUUUCACUGAUGAAAGCACUUUCAAAGGCCUAAGUAGAAGACAUACUCAUCACAAACCAGAAGCAAAACAACAAAUGUCAUUUAUUGGAAAGGGCAGAAGUACUCCUCUGUGGUGGCUAUUUUGUGACACAGAGAUCUAGUGAGUGUAACAUAGCAAACAUCGAUCUCAAGUAGCUCAGUUCACAGAUGUCCCAUUUAUUUCCAGCCACAUAUCUUUGGGUUAUAGCAACUCACUUCUGUCUCACUAUAAAAGGGACAGGCCACAAACAAUAUAAUUGGAGAUGCAUUACAAAGGGUUUCUAUAAUAUGAGAGCGUGCUUACCUGUUUGGUUCAAUGUAAACCAGUGUCGAUCCUUUCCAAAAUGCUUUUUGGCUGGCCAGCUGAAAAAAUAAGAAAUGAACUGCAUGCAAGCACCCUUACCAACCAUAAAAAUGCUUUAAAGGAGUCACUCAUCUUUUGAUAUAUGCUCUCUACAUAGUAAAUGGCUUUACAUUUAGCAAAUAUGUACCCGAGGUCAGGUUUUUCCAUUGUGGAGGUUUGUUAGAUGCUAAUAAGACACAACCUGAGAGGUCACAAUGAGUUACCUGACCCUUUAGGGAUUAUGAGUUGUCUUCAAGUCUGGUUGAAAGGCAAGGUGAAAGUAGGGGUUAACUACUGGAAAAUUGAGUUUGGUUCUUUAAAAUGGCUGUGAAAUGAACAUUUAUAAUGUUUUCACUGAAGGAAUCACAACUUCUCUAUGCCUCAGUUUCCUCACCUGUAAAAUGGGGAAAUAAAUAAUUGUGCUCUCUCCCCGUAAGACUGUAAGUGUCAUGCCGGGUAGGAACUGUGUCUGACCUGAUUAUCUUGUAUUUACCUCUGCCCUUAGUUCAUCACAACUUCUCUGUGCCUCAGUUUCCUCACCUGUAAAAUGGGGAAAUAAAUAAUUGUGCUCUCUCCCCGUAAGACUGUAAGUGUCAUGCCGGGCAGGAACUGUGUCUGACCUGAUUAUCUUGUAUUUACCUCUGCCCUUAGUUCAGUGCUCGGCACAGAGUAAAUGCUUACAUACCACAAUUAUUAUUUAAGUGGCCUUGAAAAGAACAACAUUCGGGUGUGUAAGAAGGGCAGAUAUUGCUGCUUCUCCUAUUUCAAGUUUUCCCAGCCUGAAGUGGGGCCCCCAGGUACCUCAACCAGGACCUCCCACCUCAAGUGGGAGGUGGGUUAUGGGGCUGGUAAGUUAAAGGGGCAAGGGAGAAAGGAUUGGAAGUCAGGAUGCCCUGGCUAGAAUCCAGGGCAUCAUGCAGCACUCUCGGGGCCGGUAUCCCCUCUGCCAGGCCUCCCCGCCUUGAGAAGUGUCUGAACAAUCAGUUGGAAUCUCCUUGACCACCACCUGAUGACAAAACAACACAAACCUCCAGCCCUCAUAACCUGCCUGACUGCUCCCUUUCCUUCUCUCUUUUCUCCGAUGCUGUUUGGCGGGCUGCUGAGGUGGUCAAAAACUGACUCCCCCUUAGGAAAGGAAUUCAACAUCCUUGCACCAAAUUACAAGAUAUGCUUCUCAUGACGAUAAACACACACGAGUUGUCCACAUUAGCCUGUGGAAGUUGCUUUAUCCAUAUACUAGAACGGUAGAAGUUAGAAAAAGCUAAAACAUCUUUGGAAAUACUCUUAGAAAUGAAGAGAAAAAAUUGCUUCCUAAUUAGCUUCCUAGAAAAAUUCAGCAGAUAUGAUUUCAUUUUUAAAAAGUUGACUAGCACUACAUGAAUGGAAACAUUUACCAAUUAGGAAUUUAAAGUAUGGUAAGUAUGAAACUAUGAACUGUUUUACUCUGAACAACUUCGCACAUGCAGUAUUACUGACAAGUGAAUUUAAUGAACAAGUGAUGAUUUUGUUCUCCUAUGUCUGUGAAUCAGGGUAAAUACACACAAAUCUCAAGUUUCUUGAAUAUUUAUUCCCCAGAUAUGUCAGCUUUCCAAGUUAGCCUUCAAGAGCAAACUUCUUCAAAUCACUUUUUCUGAUGCAUAAAUUGCAAAAUGUCAAACCCCAGAUCUUUAGCUUAGCUGAGUCAAGACAGAAUCUGAUAGCAAAAUUGGCCGAAAAAUGCGACGUAUAGCUUGUUAUACUAAGGAAGGCACUGUAUACCGGUAACAGUAUUUACUUGCAUCCUAAAAUACAAAAUCUUAGUGGGUUGGCAUUACAGAAUAACAUUUACUUUGGGGCUAAUCAUUUUGUCUUAACCAAAAUGCCUGUAUUUGUAAAUUGGCCGAUACUCAGCUUCAGUGUUAAAAUUGAGAACUAUGGUAGACUAGCCAUGUUUUAUGUAACAAAUACCUUUGUUCAGGGAACUCAGAAAAAUCUUUCAAGCUUCCUGUCAUCUUGGAAGGUGAUUUCACAGUCAGAGAUAGGAAUGGGGCAGGAACCUAGUGGAGCAGGGCAGGAAUGGAGGCAAGGGCGAGGGAAACUUAUUACCUCUAUUGUGGCUGGAGAAAGCCAGUUCCAGGAUCUUCCUGCCAAGAUUAUUCAAGCCGUUGGUGGCAGACCAGAAAAACAAGCUAGGGUUACCAAGUCCCAUUUCUGCUCUUCUUCUCCCACAUAACUUAUUUAAAGUGAAUUUACCUGAGUCAAAAAUGAAAAUUUGAAUUUUGUAAAAGGUUAAAAUGAAUGACAUGCAAAACAUUCCAUUUUGAUUACUACUUGUAAACAGUUUUGCAUGGUUUCUCCUAAAAUAAAAUACCGUCUCCUUUGUUUCUUUUCAUGUACUUUCAAGUACAGUCCGAUGUAUCUGUAAAUACCUGUAAACAGAAGUGCUGUAAGUAUCAUUACUUAACAAGUGCCCUUUUCAGAUUUCUGGAUUUCUUUUUUUAAAAAUAAAUGUGCAAGACCCA